CCCUUCUGAGUUCUGAAUCUCAUAAAACCCUUCCGAACUCGAGCAAGCUGGAAGCACUCUGAAAAAUGGCUCACACGCUAAUAAGAAAAUGCAUAAAACCAUCUUACCCCAAUUUUCUGACGUCACUGGCGGUCCCCCAGAUUCGGCGGCGACUGGCGGCUGGGGCGGCGGCGGCAGAGGAGGCGGCGCAGUCGUCGUCGUUCACGUUUUCGGGGGAGGGGGAGAAGGUGCAGUUGAAGGCGGGGGGGCGGUGGAAGUGGUCGUCGUCGGUGACGAUGCCGACGUCGUUCAUGACGGGGUCGAUCGUGGGGAAGCGGUUCUACAAAGAGGUGAAGACUCGAGCGGCGGAUGAUGGGAACGGUUGGACGGUGAUGCUUGAUUACAGAACCCUUAAGACUCCUUCCAAGAGACCCCUCAAGCUUCCCUCUCUUUCUCUCGCCAAGGCCAUUGCUGCUGAAUGGGAAUAUCAGCAAACGGAUGGCAUAAGACCUUUCACAAUGCCUCUUAUGAGACUUGCUUGCACUGCUUUGGAAAGAGUUCCUCUCACAAGGGCCAAAAUUAUUGACAAUUUGAUGAAGAAAUUUAAUCAAGAUUUAGUAUUUUGUCGUGCACCCGAUGACAAUGAUCUGACAAGCAAUGUACAUGAUCGCCAGGUGGAGAAAAUUGAUCCGCUGCUUCGUUGGGUGGAGUCAGAAUUUGGCUUUAAGCCUGUUAUUUACUCGAGCUUUUUUGGUGGAAAUCAGGAAGAUGGUCUUGUAAUGGCUAUAGAGAACCUUCUAAAGAAAACAGAUGAUUGCGAAUUGGCAGCAAUUGAUGCUAUUGCAGCAUCAGCACAUUCAUUAAUUAUUGCUAUUGGAAUGGUACAAGGAAAGUUGCAAAUUGAGGAAGCAAUUGAACUUAUUAGACUUGAAGAAGAUUUUCAGGUGGACAGAUGGGGCCUCGUUGAAGGGGGCCAUGAUGUGGAUAUCGCUGAUCUAAGGGUGCAGAUUUCAUCACCAAUUGUAUUUCUUGGUUUGUCAAGAAGCUUAUAGGUUUUUAACAUCCUUUCAUGCUUACCUUACCAUCCUAAGAACUAGCUAUCAAGCUAGAAUAGGAAACAGAGGUUUGUUGUAAUAUCCAGAUUUUUCCAGAGGUAAUAUUCUUGGGUUCGCAUAAUUUUAUUUGUAGAUGAGUUUUAUUCUGGUCACAGUUUUGUCAUGAGUUGAAAUAAUAUAAACAUGGCUUUACUAGGGCCCCAUUUCUCCGGGAAUAACAGGUAAACUUCUUUGUACAAGUGUUUAAUUUCUGCUUUAUAGGAAAUAAAAUUGUGGAUUA